AGGCGAGGCACUGCCUUGUAUGCGCCCCUUACGUUCCUGUAGACGUGGUUGCAGUGAUUCAAAUCCCCGGCAACAACAAACACGGGUGAGCGGUCUCGUGUUGACGUCGUGCAGUAGUCCUUGCGUUGUGGUCCGAUCGGACGCGGCGGGAUGUAGACAGCCAGCAGAAACACAGCAUUGAACUCCUUCGGUAAAUAAAAAGAGAUGGGGUCAGAUCGAGCCUUGGCUUUCUUCCUGUUUUUUUCAGCAACUCUGACUUCCUCAUGUGAUGGUGGAAAAGUGCUAGUGUUUCCAGUAGAUGGAAGCCACUGGCUUAACAUGAAAGUCCUUGUGGAGGCUCUUCAUUCUCAAGGUCAUCAAAUCACUGUGCUACGUUCAUCCACCAGCUGGUACAUUUCUGAAUUCUCACCUUAUUACACCUCCAUCACGAUCAUCCAGGAACAGUCCCAGCCCGUUGAGAGUCAAAACUUCAUGAGCUCGUUUUUGAAGAGGUCAAUGGAAAUUAAUAAGAAUGACGGCUCACUCUGGGCAUUUUUUGAGUUAUACUGGAAUUUUUUUAACCUUUUAGUACAAAACCAGCAAGUUGUGGCAAAUUUUACUUCCAGCAUCUUUGAGAAUACGACACUGAUUGGGGACCUAAACAAAACUGGAUAUGAUCUUUUUCUGACUGAUCCUACAUUUCCAGGUGGUGUGCUGUUAGCACAUUAUCUCCAGCUGCCUUUGGUUUACAAUGUACGCUGGCUUUUUAGUGGAGAGGCACACCUUGCCGUCGCUCCUUCUCCAGUGUCCUACAUUCCCAUAUGCUUCUCCCAUAACUCUGACAAAAUGGAUUUUUUUCAAAGAAUCAGAAAUAUGAUCCAUUACAUCAUGGUUCUUUACAGGGACUACUAUGUCUCCAGACCACCAUACCAGGCCUUGUGUGAUCGUUAUUUUGGAAAUAAUGUUAAUGUCAUGUCUCUAACCCAAAAGGCUGACCUCUGGCUCAUGCGGGUUGACUUUACAUUUGAGUUCCCUCGUCCCACCAUGCCCAAUGUCAUCUACGUCGGUGGCUUCCAAAGUAAGCCUUCAAAGCCUCUCUCAUCAGAGUUUGAGGAAUUCGUCCAGAGUUCUGGUGAACAUGGGGUGAUCGUCAUGACAUUGGGCACCCUGCUGAGUGACCUUGGACAUGAGUUAACAGAGAGCUUUGCCUCAGCAUUUGCCAGCCUCCCUCAGAAGGUUGUGUGGAGACAUGUUGGGAAAAGACCAGCCACUCUGGGAAACAACACCAUGCUGGUUGAAUGGAUGCCUCAAAAUGAUCUACUAGGCCACCCCAAAACCAAAGUUUUUGUCACACAUGGGGGCACCAAUGGCCUGUACGAAGCCAUUUACCAUGGUGUGCCAGUUCUGGGCAUCCCUCUCAUUUUUGACCAGCAUGACAACGUGGUGCAUUUGAAGGCCCGGGGAGUGGCUGAAAUGCUUGAUGUGACAAAAUUGAAUGCUGAUUCUCUGACAAGUGCGCUGAAGAAUAUUUUGGACCCAGAAAAGCCCUACAAACAGAAUAUGCUCGAAUUGUCACAACUUCAUCAUGAUCAGCCCAUGAAGCCUCUUGAUAAUGCUGUUUUCUGGAUGGAAUAUGUCAUGAGGCACAAGGGUGCAGCACAUCUGCGCACUGAGUCAUACAACCUGCCAUGGUAUGCCUAUCAUUGUCUAGAUGUGAUAGCAGUCCUUGUAGCAUUUGUUGUUUUGUUAAUCAGUAUAUUCAUUUGGGUUUCCUGUAAAUGUCUAUUUACAUGUGUCAUGAAGACCAAGAAGUCAAAGCGUGAAUAGAUGACGUGACAAUAAAUAAACUUUGUCAUGUCACAACAGUUUAAAUAUAGAAUGAAACUGAAUAAAAAUCAUACAUACUGUCCAAGAGUCUGUAGGACAGUUUUCCUUCACAACUUGAAGCUUCUUGUCCUGUGGUUACAGUGUCAUCCUAUUCAUGACCACAAGAUUUUCAGCAAAUGAUUCCAAAUUGCAAUUGUAUAGUCCUGUGAUUUAGCCCCAAACACUACUGCUCAAUGACUAUUAGUAAUGAGAAGCAUUUGGGAAGAUGGUCUGUAUCUUUUAAUUGUUGGGUGAAAUUAUGUCCUCUCAUCAACUUCAACCCAAAUACUCCAAUAUAAUUGAAGACCUUGGGACCACAAUCAGAAAGGAUACAGGAUGCACCCCCCCCCUAAAUGUAUACCUUGCUACAGCUCUGAAAAAGUGUAACUAGAUAACGUGAUCAUAAAUAAACUUUGUCAGUGUAACAACAGUUUAAAUAUACAAUGAAACUGAAUAAAAGUCAUACAUACUUUCCAAGA